ACAAGAGCUGAAAAAGAAAGAGCAAAGUGGUUAAGAUGGGCUUCAGUUGUUGUGUGCUUUAGCCUUCUUUCUUCUUUCUUCUUUCUUCUUUCAUCUUCAUUUUUUUUUUGUUCAGUUUCGGCGUGCUGAAGAUGUCGUGUUAGCGAAUCACAGGGAUAGAGAUAGUGAUUGGGGAGGGCAAAUCGGUCAUUAUCUUGAACUCUCAUGCCGGAUUCCCACCGCCGUUUCUCAGACACCGGCGGAGUUCCGGCGGAGAUUCGCCGUUUGAUAUUGAAGAAUGGCGUUGUUUUAAGUGAAGGUUUGGUAGAUCUCUGAUGCAAGACGGAGACUUUUCGAGUUUGUGAUUUAGAAUUAGAGGUGAGAAUCAAAUGAAGGCGUUACGGCGAAGCCACACUUCAACGUCGUCUGGAAACUCAUCUUCUCCGUUACCUUCUUCCACUUCCUUGCCAUCUACUUCUUCUACUUCACCUCCUUCCUCUAACUCUUCGUCUUCUUCGUCUUCCGCUUCCUCGUCGUCGUGGAUCCAUCUCCGAUCUGUUCUCUUUGUGGCUAAUCUAUCGUCUCCAUCCUCGUCCGAUCGCCGGCGGAAAUCACCGUGGUCUCGCCGGAAAAGAAAAUGGCCUUUGACGCCGCAUCAAUGGAGGAGUUUAUCUACACCGGAGGGCAAACUCCGUGACGGUGGAGUUGGAUUUCUGAAGAGAGUUAGAAACAGAGGUGUUGAUCCCAGUAUUCGUGCAGAAGUUUGGCUCUUCUUACUCGGAGUCUAUGAUUUGAAUAGUACUAGUGAAGAAAGAGAAGCCGUGAAUACUCAAAAAAGGAAGGAGUAUGAGAAACUACAGAGACGGUGCAAGAUGCUUCUCAAGCGCGGCAAUGGAAGUACCGAUGAUCUCGAGGAAGAAGCAGACGAUCAAUGCGUUAGAUUCAUGGAUGACUACAAGACUCCCGGACCAAUGACGAAUCAAGAUGUGGUCUCUGCUGUGAACACCGAUUCUUCUGACACAGACUCUUGUGAAGACAACGAAGACGUUCAGCUUCUUCCCUCUUUUGUAUACAGCGAUGAGAAAAAACAAGAGGAAGAAAAUAGUAAUAACAAUAAUAGUUCUGGAGAGACCAGUACUCCUUCUCCUGAGAUCCAAGUAGAAGUCACUGUACACGAAGAUUUCUCCACGUGGCAACGUAUCAUCCGUCUUGAUGCCUUACGUGCUGACUCCGACUGGGCUACAUACUCUUCUUCCUCAACCGCAAUCACAGAAACCAAAGCUCGCGGUUUGGCUGAGUCCGUCGGUUUAAAAGACUACGAUGAUAACUUAGAAAGCUGCAGGCUUUACCACGCCGCACGUCUCGUUGCGAUUCUCGAAGCCUAUGCUCUCUACGACCCUGAGAUAGGCUACUGCCAAGGAAUGAGCGACCUCUUGUCACCAAUCCUCGCUGUCAUCUCAGAGGACCACGAGGCCUUCUGGUGCUUCGUUGGUUUCAUGAAGAAAGCGCGGCAUAACUUCAGGCUAGACGAGGCAGGGAUCCAGAGACAGCUUGGCAUCGUGUCGAAGAUCAUCAAAUCCAAAGACUCUCAGCUUUACAAGCACUUGGAGAAUCUCCAGGCCGAGGAUUGCAGUUUCGUUUACAGGAUGGUUCUUGUGAUGUUUAGGAGAGAGUUGAGCUUUGAGCAGACGCUUUGUCUAUGGGAAGUGAUGUGGGCUGAUCAGGCUGCUAUUAGAGCUGGAGUUGGGAAGUCGCCGUGGAGCAGAAUCAGGCAGCAGGCACCUCCCACAGAUGAUCUGUUGCUCUACGCGAUCGCGGCGUUGGUUCUGCGUAGGAAGCUGAUCAUACAGAAGUACAGUAGUAUGGAUGAGAUUGUGGAAGAGUGCAAUAGCAUGGCUGGUCAGCUUGAUGUCUGGAAGCUUUUAGAUGAUGCGCAUCACCUUGUUGUGACGCUCCAUGACAAGAUCGAAACUCUUUCCUCUCAAUCUCUCAGCAUUUGAUGGAAAUGAAGUGCUCUCUACUACACAAAGGACCUUGCACUCGUCGGGAUUCGGUUUUGUCAAGGUUUUAAGGUUAUCACGGUUUGGUUCUUUACCGUCUUGCUUAUCUCUCAGCCAACACGAUACUACUGUCUGUCUAUCUAUCUAUCUAUCAACGUUUAUUGUAGUAGUAGUAAUAGUAAUGAAAAGAACAAGACAAUAUCUUGUCGGGGAAAAAAUGUAAGGGAUGAGUCUGAAGCUACUGUCUUUUUCCACAAUUGUAUGGAUCAUACGAAGUUAAAUUGUAGCCUAUUCCAUUUCUCGUU